UUUAGUUUUUGCUUUAUUUUCUUCAUUUCAAUAUUAAAUCUCAUAACUUGUUCAUGGAUUGAUUCCUCACAAUAAUCACAAACCCACACCCCAUUUUCCUUUUCAAAAUCUCAUUCUCCGAUUUUCUGAUUCCUUUCUCUUCUUCAGGUUUCACAAAGACGGUUUCUUUCUCCAAAAAGCUCCAAUCUUUGAACUACCCAGAACCUGAAUCGGAGUUUCCCCUCUGAAAUUUCAGAAUCGGUUGCAUUUCCGACGAAGAAAAACCCAAAAUUUAUUUGGGAAUUUUUCCGAUUUUCUAAAUCAGUGUUGAAUUCUCAGUCUUUGAAUUUCUGGAAAUGGAAGCUUCCGGUUUCAAUGGCGCCUCCAGAUUUGACGACGAACAGGGCUUGAGGGUAUUGCUCGACGCUUUUGGCCCGGCGUUUUCCCUUGAAGAAAUCGCCUCGGCUUAUUGCAAGGCCGGGAAGAACGCCGAGGCCGCCGCCGAGACUCUGGCUCUCUCCGCCACCAGCGCCGGCGAAGAAUCGUCGGCAGUGGUAUCGGAUGAUGGUGGGAUUGGGAAGAAGGACAAAACGACGUCGGAUAAUGGGAGUGGGAAUUCGAGGGGUGCGAAGACGAAGUAUCGGUCGGUUUCAGUGGGGAGUGUUUCUGGUGUUAUUGGGAAGCAUUAUGGGAACAAAACGACGUCGUCGGGUGGUAAUGGAGGGAAGGCGUUGAGAGUGGACUCAAAGUCCAAGGUGUUGCCGAUUCCGGAGAGCUGGGUGGAAAAGGCGGAGUCUUGUUCUUCUUCGGCUGGGGAUGAUGUGCUUCACCAGGACAUGGAGGAUUUUCUGUUCAAUAUGCUUGGAGAGGGGUUCAAGCUCGAUAGGGAUGUGAUUCGAGACGUUCUUGAUAGUUGCGGAUAUGAUAUGGAAAAGAGCAUGGAAAAUCUGAUCAGUUUGUCAACAUCAGCCUCGGAUGAAAGAAACGAAGUCAUCUCUAACUCCAAUGAUAAGUCUGCAGGCUCAUAUCUGAAAUUGGAAGAAUCUUCUCAGAGAAAGCCCAUAAACUCCACUGAAGGUAAUGGAGACAGGGCUUCAAAUACAAAUGAAGUAGAAUCUACUGGAAAAGAAAAGAAGAGAUUGGAUCUACAGAAGGAACUUUUGGCUGCUCUCUUCAAUGCUCCUGAGAGACCUGAGGAGCCGGAGCUAUCAAAAACAAGAAUAGUAAGAUCAACGAAGGGAUAUGCAGACUACGGCCAUUUGGUGCUUGAACCUCCAAAAGAUUCCUUUUCAGAUCACAAGACACCUGUGGUCUAUCAACAGCAUCAUACUGAGGAAGAUGCGGAUGAUGAAGUUAGGUACCAGGUUCUUCGCAAAAGUGUGAAGGAGUAUCGGAGUACGAUGAAGGAGUAUUACCAGGCAGCUGUAGACGCAUUUUCUAAGGGAGAUCGUAUUCGAGCAGACAAACUUAUGGAACAGGGACAUUUUUUCCAGAAAAAGGCACGCGAAGCAGAUGAGGAGUCAAAUAAAAUGAUCCUUAAACCUAGAGAUGCUGAGACACAAGGGGAUAUAGUGCUUGACUUGCAUGAAGGUGGUGCCAAGGAGGCAAUACGUCUUCUGAAGUGUCAUCUCUCUUCAUUUUCUGGUAUCUCAUCAAUCAAGCAUCUUAAGGUCAUUAUUGAUACAAAGGAUAGAGAUAUCUUGAAAGGAUCUCGCAGACGAUUAGCAGUUUUGAAGCUUCUGGAGGAAGAAUCAAUCAAGUGGGUUGAAGGAGACAAUGCUGGAACAAUACUAAUCCAGUUGGAUAGUAUUAACCGAAAGAAGUUAACUUUUCUCAAAAAGUAGUGGAAUCAAGUUGUUAUCUCAAAAGGAUCCAUCUUUGGAGAUAAUCAACAUAUGAACUAUCAAAUAGGUGACAGUAUCAAAAAGAGAAGUGAAAAUUGGUACAAUUUUUUGGCAAAAUAUAGUUUUGGUUCUGAAAGAAAUUGAAGCUUAUUAGAACGAAAGGAAAUUUCGCUGAGUUCAAAAUUGUCACAUUUGAGGCUUUUGCAAUGUAAUGACAGUGAAUGAAGAAUAGUGCACCUGUCAUUGGAAUAUCAUUUUUA